GACGUCAUGACGUCCUCUUCAGAUUGCGUAUUAUGGGAUGUGCGGAAUUAAACAACCCGAGGAGGACACGAGGGGAGAGCAAAAAUAAUAAAAUAAUUAAAGAGACAGGGACAGCGGAGGUGCAUGGUGAGGAAUGGAGCUCUCCGCUGUGGGUGAGAGCGUCUUUGCAGCAGAGUCCAUCAUUAAACGGAGGAUCAGACGGGGUCGCUGGGAAUAUCUGGUGAAAUGGAAGGGCUGGUCGAAGAAGUACAGCACUUGGGAGCCGGAGGAAAACAUUCUGGACGCACGGUUGUUCGCAGCUUUCGAGGAGAGGGAACGUGAAAGAGAGCAGUUCGGUCCGAAGAAGCGGGGACCCAAACCGGAGACCUUCCUGUUGAAGGCCAAAGCCAAAGAAAAAUCGUAUGAAUUCCGAAGAGAGGCUCCCAGAGGGAUCCAGGUUUCCUAUCCGGUCCCGGAGCCAGUUAAAACCCCCAGAGCCCGGGAGGGUUUACGCGCCGUGGUUCCCACAAUCUUCCCUCCGAGCGCCAUCAAUAGAGGAGAAAGCGUCCACCUCCAACCACCAGAACCAGAGAGGAGGCCGAGAGCGACACCACCCACGGCCGCUUCCACGCUCCAAGAACUGGGUCGUUUCCCUAAAAAGCGAGGGCGCAAACCGAAGCUGCAGUUGCACUACGAUGAAGAUGAUGAGAGCAGCUCAGCGGAGCCGGACACGAAGAGGGCGAGGUCCGUGCAGGAGGGCGAUCUGUCCAACAGCAGCCGACGUCUGCACCACCACCACCAUCAGCACCAUCAGCACCAUCAGCACACAGUGAAGGAGGCGUCUGACCGCAGCCUCAUCCAGCUCACCAAGAGGUUCCAGGUGGAGACCACGAUCACACCCAAACCCGGCGGUGAACACAGACUCCCCGGUGACGCAGCUCUGGCCUACACCUGCGCCUUCAGCCCAGACAUGCGCACAAGCGAGCCGAGGGGACACAGCAGGCCCGAGAGUCUGCGCAGGACGUGUGUCUCCCAGCCCGAGAAGAUGAAGCACCAGGUGAAGAUGUCCUGCCGUGCUCCACAGUCACAGUCCACGUGUGAUUUCCCUGCGCGAGCGGCGUCCUCGUGGAGACCCAGUCUGUCCAACCUGGACCGGGUGACGGUGACAGACGUGACCAUGAACCUGUUGACGGUGACCAUCAGAGAGAGCAGCACAGACCAGGGCUUUUUCAGAGAGAAAAGAUGAGAGACACCCGUGACGUCAUUGUCAUCUAACAUACUGUACCUACUGUAUUACUAUAUUUUUAUAUGUUACUCUACAACCUGUGAGUAUGCGCAUAUUUAAUACGUUGUUGGAGAAAAAAUAAAUUGAAAAAAAAAAUAAAAAUAACAAAUGACCCGGAUGCUGUCAUGUUGUUGACAUUUGAAACGGUGUAGCAGCUUUGUUCAAACAGUGUUACACAAUUAGGAACAGUUGUUUUGGGGGGAUGUUUUACGUUUCCAGUCCAUGUCUAAUAAAAAAAAAGUUUCUGUACGAACAUGUUUUCACCACCAACAAAUAAAGACGAUUAAAAACUGUAGACUUAAUGUAGAUAAAAAUGUAUUUUCUAGGGAAUAUAAAUUCCUCCACGAGUUCCACAGCAUUGAAAUAAAUUUUGUAUGCGUUAUAUAUACGUUUUUGAGUCACAAUUAAAACAAUAUGUUUGGAGAGUAAA